AUGUACGUGUACGAAUUUUACGGCGGAGCGACAGGAAAACAACAGGAGCAUAGUGGUACACUGCUUUACUGGAUCAGAUAUCAAGCUCCUAAAAUCCGUCACCGAGGUUUAGGCUUAGAGAAGGUCAAUAAGGCUUUUUCUGGACAAUCUAAUGAUGAUGAGGAAAGCUGCUUUACGCCCUUUCGAGGAGAAGAGUGGAUUAGAUCGGAUUUACACCUGCAGAAGCCUUCACGAUGGGUCCACGCUUUGCUUCCAUAG